AUUCUCAAAGGCACCAUGACGGGAAAGGAAGGGGCCGUAUUGUCGGAAGGUUUGAACAAAUCAAAAUCAGUUUGUGGAGGUGAAAAUGGAGGGAAUAACAAUCAACACUUAUCAAAGAGUAUUACAUCACAUCCACCCCGAUGCACGGGUUUCGGCAUCCAGGAGAUUUUGGGUCUAAAUAAAGAACCAUCUUCGGCCCCACGGAACACACUGGAACCGAUCCCUCCGGGAACGCACCUGCUAGCAGCUAGGUCGAUGCUCGGUCCCGCUGGUGUUGGGGUCGGGAUGGGAUUAAUUGGGCCAGGAGGUAUUCCCUCGUUCUACAGCCAACCAGCAUUUCUGGAGGUCCUGUCAGAAGCGCAGAACGUCCACUUGCAACCCCUCAGCAAGACAGUGAGGCCGCUGGAGACUAGCCAAUCCACCAGUUCAGAUUCAGAUGACGUUUCUUCAAGUGAACGGAAAACAUCGAAGUCUUCACUAGGACAAAGCAAAAAGCGUAAGAAGAGGCGACACAGAACUAUAUUUACAUCUUAUCAGCUCGAGGAAUUGGAGAAAGCUUUCAACGAAGCUCACUAUCCUGAUGUAUAUGCAAGAGAAAUGCUGGCCAUGAAGACUGAACUUCCUGAGGACAGAAUACAGGUGUGGUUCCAGAAUCGCAGAGCCAAAUGGAGAAAGCGGGAGAAGUGCUGGGGCCGCAGCAGUGUGAUGGCUGAGUAUGGUCUAUACGGGGCCAUGGUACGCCACUCCAUUCCCCUUCCUGAAUCUAUCCUGAAGUCAGCCAAGGAUGGCAUCAUGGACUCCUGUGCCCCAUGGCUUCUGGGGAUGCACAAAAAAUCCCUGGAAGCAGUGUCGGGUGGGUCAAGCGGGAAGCCAGACGUUGCUCAGCAGCAGCUGACCAACCUCAAGGCCGAAGAGGGCGAGGCUGAGGAGAGGCGGAGCGAGUCACCCAUGUCCAAAGAGGAACUGAGGGAAAAUAGUAUUGCUGCCCUCAGGGCCAAAGCACAGGAUUACAGCGCGAAAGUACUGGGGACAGUGCCGUGUGAGAGACUUGAACGCACGCUGGAGGCCACAGAGACAGAGGAGAAGUCCAGUGAACAGCCAGACUACCGUGAAGAGGACAAGAGCUCUUAG